CAACGCGGAGGCGCCCCGACUCCUUGCCUGGGGCGGCCUCGGGUCCUGGAGGACAGCCGCCUCCCAGACUCUUUCCGGGCUCCCGGAGAUCUGGCUCUUUGCUGUGGAACACCCCCAAAUCUAUCCCUUUCGCGAUGUCCUUACUGUCCCGAGCAGCACCCGCAGCCCGGCUCUCCGAGGCUCGGGGUGAAUCCACGGGCUGCAGUAGGAGCCGCAAGGAGCCCUGAGCGCAAUGUCCUUGGCCCCGGGAUGACCUGCCUUGGUCCCGGACACAAGGAGCCGGGAAGGUCUUCCCUCGCGUCUGCCGCUCUGCAAAGGUGGAUUCCUCCAGGCAGGCGUAGACUGUUUUACACUUUGCCGAGUGUGUGUGUAGGUACAUUCUGCGUGUUUUUGCCUUUGUAGGGUGUGGAGGGCCAUUCUUGGGUUUGUUUUGCUCCUGUCUGAUUUUCUAGGGUCAUUUGCGUCCCUUCCCGGGAACGGGGACUCGCCACGCGCACACUGACAGCUGGCUUUGCACCUUAAGGCGCUGGCGUGUCUUUUCGCCCGUCUUCGGGUGGCCCUAAAUCCGGGGAAGUUUUAUGUAGCGCUGAACACUUGCGUUUCCCAGGGGUGUUUUCCCUAGCUCCCGGAAACCCAGUAGGUAACUGCGCCAGCGACCCUUCCCCUUUUCCCAGGUCUGAUUAGACACUGGAACCCUGCCUGCCUUUCCCUAUCGAGGUGUGCAAAUCAUGGGCAAAUUGCUUAAGUUCCGAUUUAGGAAAGGGAUCUGUAAUGUGCCCUCCUCCAGGGAGCAGAGGGACCCAUUCAUUCACAGAAAUAUCUUGCUGGGGACCAGAUUAGGGCUAUGCCUGCCUGCUUUCCUCCACCAGAUGCCUGGGCUCCAUCGGUCUCGGGUUUGAUCUCAGACUCUAGAGACGGGGUCUGUUUCUUAAUAUCCUUCAUUUCCUCUCCCCGAUAAUUUUCAUCCGGAAACUGUUCUGCUAAAUCUCCAUGCACACCUGAUCCCCUGCUGCCUUUGAGAAACAAGAAGUUUUGUUGUGCUGAUUUAACAGCCUGUGAUUUCUGCAAACACGACCGUGAAAAAAAUGCCAAUCUGUCCUGUGUAAUCCCUGUGUGAAGUUCUGACUUUAAUCUAACAGUUCAUUCCUUCACCCUCCAUAAAGAUGUCUGAACCUGACACUUCCUCGGGGUUUUCAGGAAGUGUGGAGAAUGGAACUUUUCUUGAGCUGUUUCCCACAUCCCUGUCCACAUCAGUGGACCCAUCCUCAGGCCACCUGUCAAACGUCUACAUCUAUGUGUCCAUAUUCCUCAGCCUUUUAGCAUUUCUGCUUCUGCUUUUAAUCAUUGCCCUCCAGAGGCUCAAAAAUAUCAUCUCCUCCAGUUCCUCCUACCCAGAGUAUCCAAGCGACGCUGGAAGUUCUUUCACCAAUUUGGAAGUCUGCAGCAUUUCCUCUCAGAGGUCCACUUUUUCAAACCUUUCAUCCUGAGAAAAAUGGAAGAGUCCUUAAGUGUGGCAGCAGCUUUGGCGUCCCCUCAUGGGAGUAUCGCGUGAAGCGUUGCCUGAUGAAAGAAAUGACCCUUUUGGUGUAGACCUGCUUCUUCUUCUCCUUUAUCUCUGAUUUCUUUUCUAUUCAUGAUGCUUUCAUUUGGAGAUGGAGACGCUGAUGCUGGUGGAAAUGUGUGCAAAACCGAAGGUGCAGAGUUUCACACAAACAGCUCGCUGAAUCUGGAGUGGUCUUCUUUGGGUAGGUCAGUUCAUUCCACUUUGUUGGGCGCCGUGGAGUCAUCCGAGGUGGCCUCUCCGAGGAUGCUGGACAUGGAUUCUUGCAUUUCAUUUCUUUUACAAAACCAUGACAUCGACUGAGCCUGCAGAAACUGGAAAAUCAAGUCUGACCUGUGUAGAAGAUACUUUCCAUACUUAAAAGAUAAAGUGGAGACACCAACUUUAAAAAGGAAGAGAGUCAGUUUAGAUUUAAUGUAUAGCAUUUGUAAAACUGAGAGUAAAUAUAUGAGAAACAGUUUCUUUAACUUCCCUUUACCAAGUGAAAAUCACACUCACUGAUAAACGUUAGCCAUUUGGAAAAGUUUUGGAAGAGUUUACCUUUUAAUAGCAAGACACACACGUAUUAUGAUGGAGUUUGUCAUGUAUUUCUGCCUCCUGUAAUUUUAUUUUGUUUUUCUGCUUAUGUUUUCAUCAUAAUGCCCCAAAGUUGUGGAAUUCUUUGUGAUUAAUUACUGUUACUAGUACUAAGAGGAGCACCAGAAGAGAUGCCAAGAAGUUUUUAUAUGAAUAAUUUCUAUCAGUGAGAAUUAAGCAUAUGGAAAAUAUUCAUUUAGUUGUAUUUUAUACAGUAAUAACUUAGCUGUCAUGUAAGUUCCUUGAUUCGGUUUCACAGUCUUUAUAAUUUUAGUGCAGAAUCAUAUUAGGCCUCCAAGAUGUCUGAUAUUUGUUCACUCACAUUAGGUUGCCAGACUUAGAGACUGAAUUAGAAAUAUGUGU